AUGCUACAGGGUGACUGUAUCGAGCGGCAGCCGGACCACAUCGUGGUGGCGGUGACUCUAUCGGAGGAAGGCAGAGGGCUCAUCCAAUGGACGAUCAGCCGAUGCCAGCCGGGUGACGUCAUCUACGUCCUCCACGUCAUCGUGCCGCCCACCGACGGCGCGCGCCCGCCGCGGUUGGAGGAGAUGCGCGAGGACCAGCGGCGGAAGCUGGAGAUCUUCUCCGCGCUGCUGUGGGGCUUCGAGGCGCUCUGCGACGAGAAGAAGGUGGCGGCGUCGGUGCGCGUGGUGCACGGCGCGUGCGAGGAGCAGGCGGUGGCGGACGAGGCGAGACUGCUGGGGGCGACGCGGGUCGUCGUGCACAAGGACGGCAUGGGGCGGCGCUUCUCCCCGCGCGCGCUGGAGCAGCGCCUUCCGCCCGCCUGUAUGGUGCUCUUUGUCGGCGGUGGACGCCUCGCGCUCGCGAAGCGCGGGAAGGGCGGAGUGGGCGCGGCGGUGGGCGCGGCGGAGGGGAAGAGCGCGGGGAACAGAGCAGCAGCGGGUGACGCCACGCCCAACGGGCAUCGCCCGCUCUACAUCCCGCUUAUGCGCCUCUUCGGUAGUAGUAGCAAGGACCGGGACGGGUACAGGGACGAGGGAGUCGCUGCCAAGGGCGGUGCCGGUGAGAAGGCGAAGGUCGGCGCGAGGGAGAGCGUGCGGGAGAGGGAGAGGGAGCAGGGAAGGGAGAGGGAGGUGAAGGCGGCAGGCGCUACCUCCUCGUCUUCUGCUCGCUCCUCCAAACCAUACCACGGCGGCAAUAGCGGCAGCAGCAGAAGUGCGAGCGGUGCAGGAGCGUCGCCGCACCCCACGGCACGCAGUGCCAUGCAUGCGAGCAGCAUGAGCCAGGGGCCAUCCAUGAUGGGCAGCGGCAUCAGCCGCAGCGGACCCCUCUCGUACCACCAUGCUGCAGCGAGCGGUGCUGGGAGCAUGAGCGGCCCGCACGACCGAUCAGCACCAGUGGCGGCACAUGCAGCAGCGGCGGGGGGGAGUGGGGGAGCGCGCAGGUUGGCGCAGCUGCCGCGGUCCAACUCGCUGACGAGCCUGCGCCAGCACCCCGCCUCGCAUAACGCCAAGCCGUCCAUUGCUCAGCGCGCACUCUCGCUGCUGCAGGGCGACGUCUCCUUCCCCCGCAGGCCAUUCGCGUCGGGCAAGGCGCGCAGCGUCUGCAACUCCCCGCGCGCCUCCUCCCCCCACGCGUCCUUCUUCUCCUCCUCCUUCUCCGCCUCCCGCCCCUCCUCCCCCCGCGCAUCCCGCCCGUCCUCCCCCCGCUCCUCCGCCUUCAAUUCGUUCUUCCCCUCCUCCCCGCGCUCCUCCCGCCCCUCCUCCCCACGCGCCAGCGCAGGCAACCCGCAGUUCUCCCCCUUCGUCUCCCCGCGCGCCACUGCAGCGAAUCCCUUCUUCCCCCCCUCCUUCGACCCGUCGUCCCGCGCUGCCGCUACCGACGGCAGGUUGGGGCAGCGACAGCAGGGGCAGCAGCAAGGUGGGGGGCAGCAGCGGCAACGGCAGGGGCAGCAGCAGGAGCAAGGGAGUAGCAGAAGCGCGGAGCACAUGCCAAAGUGGCAGCUGCUGCGAUCGUCCAUCACCGGCAAACAACAGCCUCAGCAGCAGAUGCAGCAGCAGCAGGGGCAGCAGGCGCAGCAGCAGGCGCAACAGCAGCAUCAGCAGCAGCAGCAGCAGCAUUUGAGAGACGGGUCACGUUCGUUUGAGUCACAGUCGGCCGCAGUCACGCCCAGGCACAUGCGCGUGCAGCGGUCAGCGUCGUUUGCGGGCGUGAGCGCCGUGGCGGCGACCCUGGCGCAGCAGCUGGGGUGGGAGCACGAGGCGGAGGCGGCGGAGGAGGAGGAGGAGCGCAAGGCGCGCGAGCAGGUGCGCAGGGGACGCGAGGUGGCGCAAGGGGAGGAGGGGCGGCGGGGCGAGGGACAGCAGAGUGCGCAGAGCGAACUGAACGCGCGACUGGUGAGGCUGCAGCAGCAGCAGCAGCAGAUGGAGCAGGGUGGGAGAGGGAUGAGAGGAGGGGAAGGGAAGGUGAGCUUCUAUGUGGGUCAAGGGCAACAGGAGGAAGCGAUGGUAAGAGCUGAUAUAGCCAGCGCUGCUCGCGAUGCUGCCAUUGCUGACCGCACUGAAGGCGUUGACUGCAUUGACUGGGCCAACCGCUGUGACGUGGAAACUGCGUCCUCCUCUUCCUCUUCCUCUGACGAUUCGUCUGAGCGCGGGGAUGCCAAUAACGCGGAUGGGCUGGAUGAUGCGAUACAGGGUACAGUGCACCACUGUAGCUUUCCGUCUAUGGACGCGUCAGAUGCCGCCCAGCCUGUCCUGGAGUCGUUCUGCUCUGACAUCUCUGCCACGUCAGCUGCCACGUCAUCCUCCGCGUUUUCGUCUCGUUCAGGAACGUCCUCGCAUUGGACGGACAUCCCCAGCAGCGGCUCCCUCUCAACCCCAGCCUGCCACAUGCGUGCCGCAGGGCGAGGAGGGGAGGAGGCGAGGGGUGAAGGGAACUCAGGGCAGGAGAAUCAAGGGCACGAGAGAAAGGGGCAGGAUGGGAAGGGGCAUGGGUUGGUGGGGGAGGCAGUGGCGCGGGAGAGGGCGGAGGCAGGGGAGGGUAAGGAGGACGCCAGGUGUCCUGUUCUGGUUGGCCGGUUCCCCGUGCACAGGCCACGGCAGAGGGCGGGCGUGGGCGGCACAAUGGGCGGCUCAGUGGGCGGGUGGAGUGGCGGGUCGGGGCGGCGAUUAUCGGUGCUGAAUAAGACGAGGGACCCCCAGAGCGUGAGGCGAAUAGAGUCUGAGAGUGAGAGUGAGAGGGAUAGGGAUAGGGCGAGGGCGAGGGCGAGGGAUUUCGGGAGAGUGAGGAGAGAAGGGAGUGGGAUUGGGAGUGAGAGGGGCAUGUGUGCGCCUGAUGCGUGUUUGUUAGCUGAUGGUGGGAGUGAGGGUGGUGUGAGCGAGAGGGAGGGUGGUGAGAGUGCGAGGGACAGGGAGUGGGGGUUUGUGGUGCGAGCAGCAGGAGUGGGGGAGACGGGCAGGGAGAGGGAGGAUGCAGGGGAGAGUGCUGAAGAGGUGAGUGCGGACGGGGAGGAUGAGGAGGAGACCGAGAGGGAAGAUGGAAGGGAGGCAGAUGCGGGAGAAGAAGUGAGUGAGAGGAGGAGUAGCGAGGCGAGGAGUGAAGGGAGAGAAGUGCGGGAGACGAGCAGCGGGGAGGGAGAGGGAGGGAGGCAGGCAGAAGGUAGCAGGGAGGUGGAGAGCGGUGCAGAGGGAGGGGUGGACCCACUGCCGUGUGUACGACAGCAGUCGCUGCCUGUGAGCCGCAGCUGCAGCUCGCUGGUGCCCUCCAGGCGCUACUUCUCCGACGGCAGCGAGCAGGCGCGCAGGGACGGCAGGAGGGACGUGCCUGCCAUGCCACAGAGAGCAGCAUUAGGAGCGGACGCGGGGUUGCAUGGAGGGGACGGGUGGAGUGGUGCAGGACUGGGCAGGAGUAGCAGUGGUGGCGGCGGUGGCGUUGCUGCACGUGCAGCCCUGGCGUCGCCGUCCCCUGGCGUGCGGCGGAGCAACUCGUUCACUCAGGGAGCCAGGCUCACAACUGCAGGGGCAGCGGCAGCACAGGCGGCAGCAGGGGUGGAAGCAGUGGGGGCGGUGGGCGCGGGUGGGGCGGGAGCGUGGGAGGGGCCGUGGCGGAAGCUGCAGUGGUGCCAGGUGGAGCAGGCGACUGAUGGGUUCGCCACGAGGAACCUUCUGGGAACGUGCGGGGGCUACAGCCGGGUGUAUCAAGGGCGGCUGCCCGGCGGGCAGCAGAUAGCUGUGAGGCGCGAGAUGCUCUCCUGCGCCACCACUGCUGAUGGUGGUGAUGCUGGUUGCGGUGGUGCUGGUGGGGUUAUUGCUGCUUAUGGUGCCAGGCAAGGGGGGAGACCACGUGGCGGUGUGCCAUUGGCUGUGGAACGCGGGCUGAGCAGCGAGGUGGCGGCUGAGCUGGCGGUGCUGGCGACGCUGAGUCACCGCCACGUGGCACAGCUGGUGGGGGUGUGUGCGGAGAGGAGGGACGAGGUGGCACUGGUGUUUGAGCACAUGGAAGGGGGCACCCUUGAGUCUGCGCUGAGAGGGAACUCCGGUUCUGCUGCUGCUGCGGCUGCGGCUGGUAACCCUGGCUCUCUCCCGUGGACUGUGCGGCCAAUAGUAGCACGCCAGCUGGCACUGGCACUGCACUACCUGCACGAGGGGGCGCCCAGGGCAGUGGUGCAUCGGAACGUGCGGGCGGCGAGUGUGAUGCUAACGAGGGGCGGCGAGGUGAAGCUAUCGGAGUUUGGGUUGGCUCUCUUCGCUGCUAACAACGAUGCGCCCAUGCAAGUGCCGCUUGCUGGCACGUUCGGCUACCUGGCGCCCGAGUACCUGUCCCACGGGGCAGUGAGCACGCACACAGACGUGUUUGCAUUUGGGGUGGUGCUGCUCGAGCUGCUCUCAGGCCAGCCUCCUGUGGAUGAUAGCCGGCCCCGCGGGAUGCAGUGCCUCGUGCAAUGGGCUCGGCCGCUGAUAGAGGAGGGCAGGCUGCACGAGGUGGCGGAUCCCGCCCUGCAGGGAGGUUACCACCCGCACCAGUUCGCCCUGCUCGCCCGCACCGCCCUGCUCUGCACUCACAAGGACCCCUCGCAGCGACCCUCCAUGCUGCAGGUGCUCCACCUCAUAGACUCGGGCCCUCCUGCGACGCCAUCGGGGUCGCCCGGCGUGCUGCGCGGCGACGAUGUGGAGUUCGACAUCGACUUUCACUUGCACGAGCUGCCGUCCCGCUCGCGACAUGCGACGAGUGCGACGGGGGCGCGAUAUGCUGCGACGGACGUGACGAGCGCGGGCGAGUGGCGGGAGGUGGCGGAGUUGAAGCUUGCGCUGGGCGCGCUCGUGGGACGCGUGACGGCGGAACUGGCGAAAGCGGGGGUGGCGGUCGGAUUGGGGAAGAGUGAGGUGAAGGCGGAGCGGAGGGCGGAGCGCAAAGUGCGGCUGAGUCCGGCGGUUAGUCGGCUGGUCAGCGGUGCCGUCGCCGGUGGCGUGUCGCGAACAGCGACGGCGCCGCUGGAGACGAUUCGGACGCACAUGAUGUGCGGGCGGGGCGGGCUGGCGGCCAAUGGGAGCAUGACAGCUGUCUUCCAGUGGGUUCUGCGCACGGAGGGGUGGACGGGGCUGUUCCGCGGCAACGCCAUCAACGUGCUCCGCGUCGCGCCCAGCAAAGCGAUUGAGAUGCUCACAUACGACACGGUCAAACGCUUCCUCACUCCCAAAGAAGGCCGCCCCUCCAUCAUCCCGCGCCAGCUCCCCAUCCCCAUCUCCUCCAUUGCCGGCUCCUCCGCGGGCAUCGCGUCGUGCCUGCUCACCUACCCGCUGGAGCUCGUCAAAACGCGCCUGACAGUCAACCCUGACAUGUACCGCGGCGUGCUGCACGCGUUCCACCGCAUCAUCAUGGAGCAGGGCGUGGGGGAGCUGUACCGCGGGGUGGCGCCCAGCGUGGUCGGCAUGAUUCCUUAUGCUGGCGCGAAUUUCUACGCGUAUGACACGCUGUGUACCGCAUAUAGGAAGGCGCGAGGGCGGGAGGAGAUCGAGCCGCUGAUGACGCUGGUCAUUGGCUCCACUGCUGGGUGCUUUGCGGCUGCUUCGACAUUCCCCUUGGAGGUCGCACGGAAACAUCUUCAAAUGGGGGCGACGGGCGGCAGGGUGGCAUACACAGGCAUGCUGCAGUGCAUGAGGAGCAUAGUGAGGGAGCAGGGAGUCAAGGGGCUGUACCGAGGGGUGGUGCCGUCGUGUGCCAAGAUGAUGCCUGCUGCUGGCAUCUCCUUCAUGUGUUAUGAGGUGCUCAAACGCGUGCUUAUAGAGGAUGAAAAGGUACGAUAG